AUGUGUGUUGGUCUUAUCCAGUAAAUUUCUUACACAUAGUCAUCCUCUGUGAAUUAGCGCAGAUCCUUCAAAUCGAACGUGGAAAGCAAGCGCAGGCGAUUCGUUAGAGAAAGUUCAAAAAACUUAAUUAAUGGCGAACAGAAAUCAAAUCCCCACUAACAACUCAGCUCUUAUUGCUAUGAUUGCCGAUGAGGACACGGUGGUUGGUUUUCUGCUGGCCGGUGUGGGUAAUGUUGACUUGCGGAGGAAGACAAAUUAUCUUAUUGUAGACUCAAAAACCACUGCCAAACAAGUUGAAGAUGCAUUUAAGGAGUUCACAACAAGGGAGGAUAUUGCUGUCAUUCUGAUUAGCCAAUAUGUUGCAAAUAUGAUAAGGUUUCUGGUGGAUAGCUACAGCAAGCCUGUUCCCGCAAUCCUGGAGAUUCCAUCCAAGGAUCAUCCGUAUGAUCCAGCACAUGAUUCUAUUCUUUCACGGGUUAAAUACCUCUUUUCUGCAGAAUCGGUGGCAUCUGGGAAGCGUUAAAUGCAGAUAUGCACAUGUAUGACUUCACUAUCCCAUCAUGUUUCUGUUUCCUUCAUGCAUUGUAUAUUACGACGUAAAUUACUCUUCCCAGAGAGUUGGUAAUGAUUCUCGUCAGAGUUUCCAUGA